GCCGUGCCCAUCGCGUCGCUGCCGCUGCAGCACGACGCGGAGAAGCUGCACCUCGCCUUUGCCCUCUGGGCAGAAGGCUUCGCGGCCACAGUGCGCGGCGGCAGCGCCAGCGGGCAAGAAGGCAAGGGCAAGCAGAAAAGCGAGGGCGGGGGCGCGCCGGCUGCCAAGAAAGCCAAGAAGUAG